AUGCAGACUUUGAGGAAGUCCGUUGUGCCGUCUCUCGGUGGGACAAUCACAGCACAAUCCUCCCAACUGGCUUCGGGAAUUCCCAUCGAAGUUUUGCUCAACGUCAGUUCUCAUCUAAAAACUCCCGAUUAUUGCGCGCUUCGAAUUUCAUGCAAGCAAAUAGAGGACAAGCUUCUCGAUGCUUUCGCGCAAGAGUUCUUUACCAAGAGACAGUUCAUGUGGGUAGAGCUCAGUUUCCAAGCGCUUGUUGAUAUCUCACAUUCGCGCUUCUCAAACAGCUUGAACUAUGUUAUAUUCAGCCUGGAACAGCCAAUUUGGAGAUUUCCCACAGAAAUGACCGGCCCAUUGAAUGCAGCUACCGGUGACAUUGAAAUCCUUGAAAAUCGGAUUAACCGUACGUUCAAAACCCUCCACUAUGUACCCUUCUUCACCACGGGUCAAGAUGUGGAAAUGCUUGCAGAAGCAUUUGGAAACUUGAGAAAUCUGGAGACGAUCGGAAUCCGCGAUUUCAAUUCACGAACUAGGAGACGCGACUAUCCGGAUGACGCGUGGAAGAGCUAUGGCUCCACUACCAUUAAGCGAGAAUCUGGACCUCUUGUUCUUCAUGACGACAAUCGGCCUAGGCAUCCCAUUUUCAAUAAUUGUUCCGGGAGCGAGUAUGGAUUAAUGAAUCAUGUUUUCAUGGGCGUCCUUCGGGGUGCAGGGAAGUCAUCUUCGCCGUCCAAGGGACUGGGGUUAGAGGUCAUAAUGCGACGUGGCUCAUUCACGGAUACGGUGCUGAGUUUACCACCUUAUGUUCUGCCCGUUUUACGACCAGUCCUGAGACAUCUACGAGUGUUGUUCUUGGAUUUGAGCUCCAACACCGGAUGUAUACAGCUGAAUAUCAAUGGUAUCGCGACUAAAUGCCCAAAUUACUUCUUGAUGAAGUUUCUUUCCGAAACCACCGAACUUGAUCAUCUGCGUCUAAACUUUAGGUCGACCUGGGGCAGUAAAAGUGGCGGCGAUUUUCUUUCCUGGUUAUCCAAAUCCGCUCCCACCGACCUCGCAACGCCCACGCAAAUUUCCGAGCUCCCGCGUCCUGUCGAUUUCAAGCAUCUCAGAAGAAUCGACAUCGGCAUGUUUGAGGUUGAGCCCAAUGCUGUCCUGGCAACCAUGCGCAAGUUCCAAGCAACAAUCGAGACUAUUAGCCUACACAGGCUGACACUCACGAAUACCGACGUGCUUGCAGCCGGAGAAAGGGUGAACCUCUGGGCCAAAUUAUUCGGGCAAUUAGCAAAGUUGGAUCUCAACCUUAAGGGUAUCAACAUGUCCCACCUCGCCCAGCAUGUAAUAGACAGGGGCAAUGUCCAUGUCAAGGAGGUGACAUUCAAAGACUCCAAGUGGCCACGAACGAGGAACUGGGCUGGCACGGGUACACAGAGCGCUCUGCGCGACUUCAAGGAUAUGGUGAUUGUGGUUCGUCUGAACGAGAAUUCUGAGAGUGAUAGCAGCGAGAAUGACUCGGAACAAUCAACGACAGACCGCAACCCGGAUGAGGACAGUGGGGACAAUGAGGAUGAGGAUGAUGACUGA